AUGUCUGUUAUAACGGUUCUUGGUGCAACCGGUGUUCAGGGCGGUUCUGUUGUCCGAAAAUUAAUCCAGAACCCAUCAUGGAGGGUCCGUGCUAUCACCCGGAAUCCUGAGGGGGGAAAUGCCAAAGAGUUGCUGUCUCAAGGCAUCGAAGUGGUACAUGGGGAUCUCGACGAUGUCGAAUCUCUGAAAACUGCCUUCACGGGCUCUACUGCUAUUUUCAGCGUUACCAACUUCUGGCAAAAUAUCCCUAUUCAUCCAAGCUCACUCAAAGAAAACGGAGAAAAGGAGUAUCAGCAAAUGCUUAACAUAGGCAAGGCAGCGUUCGAGAUUCCCACUCUUGAGCACCUCGUUGUCAGCUCCCUAGCCGGCCCGCAGAAGAUUUCAGGCGGUAAAUACCACGUUCCUCAUAUGGACUACAAAGCUCGUGCAAUUGAGGAGAUCGAGACACGGUUUCCGACACUAGCCGCCAAGAUCACUAUACUUUGGGUAGGAUGGUAUCCGACUAACCUGACUAUCCCACUCCUGCGGCCUUUCCUAUGGCCCGCCACAGGCAAAUACAUUUGGCUCAUGCCAAGCAAACCCAGCGGCAAGCUUCCUAUUGCUGGCGAUGAGUCCCACAACGUUGGUGUUGUUGUAGAGCGGAUUCUCGAACGUCCCAAUCAGACCUUGGGUAAGAUCGUGGGGUUAGUCGUGGAAUAUUUGGAACACACAGAGGUCCUGGAGGUUUGGGAAAAGGUAACCGGAAAGGAAGCUAUCUAUGUAGAGCUGACUGGCGAGGCGGCGGCAGCAUUGAUAGGUCCCGCAGCUAUUGAUCUUGAGGCGCAGUUACGUUUUAGUGAGGAAUAUCCGGAUAUGGGCACAUAUGAUCCAGAGAGGUUUGUGAAGCCGACGGAUAUUGGCCUUGGAGAACAGCUGAUUGGGCUGGAAGGAGCUUUG